GCUACUCAUUUUUCACAUUUUCGCUCAAUUUGCUUUAUGUAAUAGACCCCCUGAUUUCUACUACCCUUUAAAUCGUGACGGUGGCAACACUGACCUACAGUUGCCUUUAAAAAUGGUCCACAAAAAAAGAAGGUUAAAUUGAACACAUGAAAUAUUUAACAAUUUUGUAAACAGUGGAUAAAUAAUUUAUUAGAGUGUAAAUUUUAUUAAAAAACUCGAGAUACCAUGAACUUUGGGAUGGAUAAUUGCAUAUCAAGACACAUGCAUUGGGAACUAAUGGACCAUAACGAUGCGACAAAUCUUGAAUUUUCAGAAAUCAAAAGUUCCCUUUGAUUCAAAUAAAAGAAAGUUGUGAGGAAUGCUGUAAUUUAAUUCGUCAUGUGAUUUAAAGAAGCAUGUGGCGAGCACGUGUUUUAAAUGAGAUUAAUUUCUAAUUUGGAAUGUGAGAAGUUGAAUGAGAAAUACUGUUGAUUCUAACCUCAAAUGUCGGUACCAGUCCGAGAAAAGUGUAUUACUUGUCAUGGACCUCGAUCAACUGGAUCAUUUUUUCGAUCCUGGUUUCACGAUUAAAACAAUGUUGCUGGGAAAAUAUUUUUGCAAACCGUAACUUGUUUUAAUGGCUUCAAGAAAUAAUUUCGAAAUGUUUGAAAUUUGCGCGCCUUCGUGCGCAGUCGCAGAAACUAUCAGUUUUCAAGUUUGAUAAAAAAAUUACGGCGAUUAUGGUUGAAGAGUAGAGGCAGUAUUUAGUAGUAAUUAGUAAAUGUAUAAGAAGCAGAAAAAUGUCAGACGAUGUAGUAUGUUUGAGCGAUUCAAGUGAUUCAAGCGAUUCUGUAUUGCGAUGCGAAGACGAGGAACCGAGAGCUAUCGAUGAGAUUUAUUUUCCAUCUGCGCGGAAUGCUACGAGUGACUUUAGUUUUCCUGAGGUGCCCUUCGACUACGUUCUUGACAUAAAUAAUAGGGAAAAGGAAAGUACGCGAGAUGAGAUUAAUACAGAAUCACGCAAGAAUGUACGAAGAAGUUCACUUAAACCAUACUCCUCGGAACCUGACUACCACGGAGACAACGAGCCAGCAAAUGUUAUGCUAUCGAGCAGUUUGUCUGAACAUUAUUCUCAUGAAAGUCAUUUUUCCACUGAGGAAUAUCCAUUAUCUGGUAACACUGCACAUGCAAAAAAUAAUAAAGGUAAACGAACAACCAAUAGGAGUAAAAAAACAGGUAAUGCAGAGAGAGCGGCGAAACAACAAGAGGCUGCGAAAGAAAAAGCAUUGAAAACAAUAGCCAUACAAAAUUUGAAGAAUAUGCAACCAGGCGAAUGCAUGAAGUUUAUGGAAGUUAUUAUAGGUGAAGAUUUGAUAAAUGAGCCUUUUUACAGCGACAUUAUCAGUAAGUUAAGAAGCAGCGAAUUAUUAUUUACUGUGAAAUCACAGGUAAUUCCACGCAGUGUUACAUGGAAGAGGACUGCAGAGGAAUAUUAUGUAGAUAGUGACAAUAGCAUUUGUACAAAAUCAAGGGUUCUGGAUGAGGAUCAAAUUGUGGUCAUCUGGAAUUGGGACGAAGCGGUGACAAAAGUAGCUAAUGGUGAUCUUUGUGCAUCGGUCGCAACAAUGCAAGCCUCUAUCGAUAAGAAGAAGUUAACGUUAAUAAUUUAUGGCAUAGAGGAAUAUUUCAAAUACCAGAAAAGCUGUAAGAAAAAAUCGGAUGGAAACAAACAUCCGGAAAAGUCAAGGAAUAAACGUUCCAGUAAGCAAGAUAAUAUUUUUGGAAGACUGCCUAGAAUAUCUAAAAGCGACUUGGAGUUGUGUCUGACCGAAGCUCAGUUAACAAUGAAUUGCAAUAGUAGGCUGAUGGAAAAUCCCGAGAAUUUAGCAAUGAUGAUUUAUCAGUACACGAAAUCGAUCGCUGAAAGGCCUUUAAAAUUGGAGAGGAAGAACAAUGUCGAAGACAAAUUGGACUGGUACGCUAAGUGUGAUAAUCGUGAUACGGUUCAGGUGGACAAAGAAGGUAAUGGACUGAAACGGUUAUGGCAACAGCAGCUAUGUCAGUUUCAUUUAGCAACAUUGGAGACAGCCGAAGCAAUUUCUAAGGUGUAUGGAAGUCCUCUGCAGCUCAUGGACGCAUACAUGAAGUGUACCCCAACGGAAGGACAGAAGCUAUUAAAAGACAUUCCUGUAAGUAUAGCAUUCACUCGGUGUCUUAAAAUUAAUUAUUUGGCAUUUUCUUGGCAUUCAUUAUCUAACUGCGACUCUAGAGGACUUCUUGGCGAUGCAACAUUAGCUAUUAAUGUGUGAAUGGGAUCGGAACGCAAGACAUUUUAGCAAAGGUUGUCCUAUACAUAGAUGUUUCCUUUUUUAUAGGUUAGAAGAGCAGCUGGCCCCCUUACAACGGCCAGAAAAAUUGGCCCUGAACUCAGUAAGAAAAUAUACACGAUGUUUACAUCCGAAGAUGGAGAGGCCUUGUUAGGUAACGAGUGAAACCCAUUUAAGGGGGAAUGAUACCCAGCAAUCUCUGUACUCAGCAGACUCCGAGUUGAUCGUGCUGCCGCGUAACAGCAAGCAGUGGAACUACAUGGGAUGUUGCAAGUGCCAUUGCCGUUGUGCCGUGACAGUCAUGGCACCGUAAAGAUACCUUUAUACCUGCUGCAUGCCUGUAAAAUUGUAUGCAGCCAAACGCUCUGUUUACUUAAAUUCUUUCUGUGUCAUCCAUGAUAGCUGCCUGCCCAUUUUUAACCAAACGAAACGUUUACAUGUAAUUUUGCAGCAAGUGAAAAGGUACCUUAAGGUGGUGUGAAAGUGGCGUGAAGAGGUCCUGUUUAUGAAACGUUUCUUCGAACUGAUUAUACCGAAUCGUUUCAAACUUGACAAUAUGAAUAUGGAAGCUAUAAAGAAGGUCCAAAUCAUUGGAGCAAAUGUAAGCAAUAUCGAUAUGCCGUGACUUUAUACAACAGUAAUAAUUAUUUUAUUUAUAAUGCCAA